AUGAGCGGGUUCGGGGAGAUAAUCGCGAGCGCCGUGGGGAAACAAGUCGCGGGCAUGCUCGGUGAACUCGCCACGGAGGAGGCCACCCUGCAGUGGAAGUUCAAAGACGAUGUUGAUGUCAUGGCGGACAAGAUGCAAGAUCUGGAGGCCGUUUUGCAUGAUGCGGAUGAUAGGCUGCGUCGACGAGGAAGAGAUGGGGAAGCUGUUGGGCGGUGGCUCACCAAAUUCAAGUCCGUCGCCUACGACGUCGAGGACGUGCUGGACGAUCUGGACGCCACCGAGCUCUUAAAGAAGAGCCAACCAAAGGUUGAAGCUGUUCUUUUCCUGGAACAAUCAAAUUCUCCGGCGGAUUACCAUGCCUCACAAGCUGAAGAACCUGAGGGGGAAAUAGAAAAAGUAGGAAAGGAGGGCCAGGCUCUCAAUCUUGUGAGAAAUCAAGAACGGGCAGAAGGGAGCAGAAACAAUGAAACUUUUGUAGGCAUCUGUGAUGAAGGCUUGAAAUCUGGAGUGGUGGGGAGGGAUAUGGAGAAGGACAAAAUAUUCAGGCUGCUGCUAAACUAUGAUGAUAACGCUAGAGAAGAUAUAUCUAUCGUCUCGAUUGUCGGGCUUGGUGGCCUAGGGAAGUCAACAUUGGCUGAAUCAGUCUUUGUCCUAGACAAAAUGGCCAACAAUUUUGAAGUCCGAGCCUGGGUCCAUGUGUCUAAGGAGUUCGAUCUGGGCAAAAUUGGGAGUGCCAUCCUCAAAAGCAUAAAUAGCAGUAUCAACCUUGACAACUGUAGUUUGCAGUUUUUACAAGAAAAUCUCAAAAAGGAACUUGCUGGUAGAAGGUACUUGAUUGUUUUGGAUGAUCUUUGGGAAGAGGAUGCGGAUAAGCUGGAAAGGCUGAAGCAGAUGUUACAACAUGGCUGCAAGGGUAGCAGAGUUAUUGUAACUACACGGAACCAACGGGUAGUGAAUAAAAUGAGCACCGGUGUUCUUGUGAACCAAAGGAAAAUUUGUCCCGUGCCCAACUCUGAUCAAAUCAACUUGUGUGUAUUAUCAACUGAUGACUGUUGGGAAGUAAUGAAGCAAACAGCAUUUGGGCCUGAUGAUGACAAAAGUGACUUGGAAGAAAUUGGAAGGAAAAUUGUAGAGAAGUGUGGGGGUGUACCACUCGUGGCAAUUGCCCUUGGGCAAGUAAUGUCCGAGUUAAGGACUGUCGAGGCAUGGAAAAAAAUAAGAGAUACGAACAUCGAUUUAGGUCACAGAGAUCACAAGGACACAUUGGAGCGCCUCAUGCUAAGCUAUUACUACAUGAAGCUGGAAUUCAAAAUGUGCUUCACAUAUUUGGCGGCCUUUCCCAAGGGCUUUGUUAUAGACAGUGAUCGACUAAUUCAGCAAUGGAAGGCUCUUGGAUACAUUCAUGGGGAUGACGGUAAAAGGUGCAUUAACUACCUUAUGGGGAUGUCAUUUCUUCAAAUUUCAAGGUCCUCCGCGAUUAGGUCAAGUCCAGUGCAUGCCAAUGCUCCUCGAGAGCUCACAAUGCAUGAUUUGGUGCACGAUCUUGCAACGAUAAUUUUGGGUCAUGAAUCUAUUGUUCUAAAUGCUACUGAUCCGAGGACUAGGAAGAAAGCAAAACGUCGUUAUUGCCGACAUGCACAGUUGAUCAACUACCAGAAUCAGUAUAAGGUUUUCAAUUAUCUGCCAGGCAACAUCAGAUCCUUCCAUGUAAGACAUUCAGAGAAACAGCAGCUUCCCCAAAAGGCAUUUUCCAGAACCAAGUACAUACGGGUCUUGGACAUAAGUGGAUGUUUAGUUGUGGGGCAAUCUACUCCAAGCAACAUACUUUUGCCAUGUUCCGUGCUUCAGUUGAAGCUACUUAGGUACCUUGAUGCCUCUAGCCUGCCAAUCACAUCACUUCCUGAGUCUUUCCAUUCACUUCAAAAUAUGGAAACUCUGAUUCUGUCCAAUUGCUCACUUGCAACCUUGCCUGACAGUAUCUGUAGCCUCAACAAACUCUGCUAUUUGGACCUAGCUGGCAAUGCGAGCCUCAGUAAGCUCCCUGACAAUUUUCAUCUUCUUAACAAACUCAUGUUCCUAAACAUGUCUAGUUGUUCCAAGCUAACUGAACUUCCUGACAAUUUUAGCCUGGAGUGUUUAGAACAUUUAAACCUAUUAGGUUGUCAUGAGAUAAAAAAUCUACCACAAGAUUUCGGCAAUCUUGAAAAUCUUAGGUUCUUGAAACUUUCUGAUUGCUACAAGAUUUCAGUUCUACCAGAAUCAUUUUGCCAACUGAAGCAUUUGAAAGACCUAAACCUUUCAGAUUGCCGUGCCCUUAUAGUACUCCCUGAGUGUUUUGGCGACCUUUCAGAACUUGAAUCUUUGAACGUACAAGUUGUCCCAGGCUAG